AUGAGAACAAGCGCAAAACUCAUUGGUAAUCUCGUUCAUCGUGUAGCGAUCCGAUUGCCAUAUAAAUCGGGGCAGCCCAUAGAAGCAGUAGAACAAGAUCCCAUUGUGAAACAAACUGUCGCUGCCCUUAUUGAAGUAUCAAAGUAUAGGCUACCAACUGUAGCAAAUACUCUAGGUUAUGUAUUAGAGAAUGUGUCAAAGACACAUCAAAUUUAUGAACAAAAUGUACCAGUAGAUAUUAUGCAGUCGAAAUUGUUUGUGCUUCGGUUAUUAUCUGCAUGCAUGCAACAUCAUUGGCAUUAUUACUGCGAGCAAGAAAAAGAAAAACACCCAGAAAGACCAUCUAACGAACUUAGACUCAACUUACCACCAUUAGAUGCGCCGCUUGUGACCUUUAUACUCGUCCUAAUGAGUCGAUAUAUUACACAGUAUCAUUUAAUAGAAGAAACUAAUUCUGAAAUAACGCCACGCCCGAUAUAUGAUUUCGAUGGUACAAAAUACACCUAUGGACAGAUAAAGUUGAGCUUGAUCACCGAAAUAUACAAAGCUUCAGCAAAAAUUAUAUACUAUGUCAGUUCAAGUAACUGGGACGCUUGUUACGCCAAAAUCAAAAGCGCUGUUUUAAGAUUAGGUUCCACACAUUCGAACAAUACAGAAGAUAUUCCACCUGAAAUCAGAAUGUUAGAGUGCAUCUGUCUUAAUAAAGAAAGACUAAAGAUCGUGUUCAAAGAAUUGAUCCCAUACUAUUUGCAUAUGAAAACACAAGGAAAAUUACUAUUCUCAAAACUACUGAGGAAAUCCAUUUGGAGAUGGAUAGAAUUAUACCCUGAAGAAUUUGCUCAAGUGUGCACUGUUGAUGAAUUACCCGACUCCGAAUUACUUUUCGAUAUGUGCAACUCUACUGCAGACAAUUCGAAAAAACGAUCGAUCCUUUGGCCAUUACAGACUAUUCUGAUCAUACUUUCUCCUGAAUUCUUGAUGCAGGCCUUUAUGGAUCAGCCUUCUAGUCGUCGUGUUAAUUUCAUCCACCUGUUACGGAAAACACUACAGACAACCAAAGCCUUGGAUCUUGCGACUGUCUGUUAUGUAGAUGUUUGUAAAGCAGCAACUUAUGUUCCACCAAGUGAAGAUUCAAUACUACGACUGAUGGCAGCUGAUGUUGAGACAGAUUUGAGGGAUAAAGUAUGGGAUUUUUCAAAAGUAGCGAAUGCGGAAUCCACCAUGCACACGUUGGGAUAUAUUAUCGACUAUCAAACUUUAGCCACAGAUUAUCUGUUAUCACGUAUCAGGCUCGACAAGGAAAAUGCAAUAAAGACAUUGAUCCCUCCAUGCAUUGAUGAAAACGCACCUAUUAUUGUAAAACUGGCCUUGGUAAAAUCAUGUUUAGCGAUUGUGCUGGAAGAGAAUCAUUUGUCCUGGAACCCUUCUUUGUCAUCCCUGUAUGAUGGAAUUUGUGCGCCGCUUCGAUCGUUGAUGCGACAAACAAUCCUACUGGAAAUGUCCAAGCAGAAAGAAUCAAUACUUACGGAUCAUAGAAGUCGAGUGGAAUUAUUAGUAGAUAUGCUCAAGCUUUAUAGAACAGACCCAUUCUUGGCAGUUUUCGGUGAAGACUCCGAUAGAGUUGAACAAAACGGUACAUUCAUGAAUGGACUUGCUACUCUUUUAGUUCAUCCUGUAAAAGUGGUGCGACAGGAUGCCGCAGAUUUGCUUAUAAAGCUACAUCAACCUGAGAUUGCAGCACGUUGGACAACGGACUCAAAUAAUUUGUAUCACUUUUGGAAAAUAACUUCUCCUGCUAUCGUCACUAUUUCGCAUCAUAUGUUGGAUACUUCUUUAAAACAGAACAUGCAAAGGUUUUUAUUGAACGUUACAAUAAAAUUGCUAAAAACCCGAAGUGUGUAUUUAAAGCAUAAACAGGCACUGUUCAAUAUAGAAACAACAAAUGUCAAGGAAAGAACACAGGCAUCUAUAUCAUUGGAAAUUGCCCUUUUAAUAUUUUUGUGUUCUGCCCAUAAGGAAGUCUGUGAUGAAGCAUCUGUCUGUAUUAGAGUCAUGUGUCAGGAAGCAAAAAUUGUUGAUAUAUGUGAGGAAGGCCCCAAUCAAGCCACUUUAGCAUGUAAUCUGGAAGUCUAUGAAGACCUUUCGGUAGAUAAUUACAGAUUUGUUGGAAGAAAGGCUCAGCAAAAGCGAUUUCGAAAGUGUUUACAGAUGCUUCCGCAUCACACACCAAGUUGCUUCGCAGCGUGGGAAGAAGCUUGGAAGAGAUGGCUCAUGCUAACACCUUAUGUGAAUAGACCCCAGGAUGGAGAAGCUGAAGAAAAUAAUAAAGAAGGAAUGAGCGGAAGUUUCAAAAAGGCUUCACAGGAUGGGAAGAAAGAUAAAACAAAAAAUAAAGAAAGUACCAGCAGUAGCACGAUUUCACCGCCUAUUAGUAGAGUACAGCAAAAUGUGGAAUUAAAUGAAAACAGAUCAAUCGAAUGGCAUAACUUUACAGGAUUUUUAGCCGCUCUAGGGGGCUGCUGUCUAACAGAAGAAAAAGAUAUGGAUGAAGUAGUCAGUUUGUCAUCGGACUAUUCACGAAGAACUAGCAAUGAGCCUGUUGCCAUGGUGGAUGGUUUUAUUUUAGAAAUGACAGAAAUGCUUGUCUCAAAUAACGUUUAUGUUAGAGAAGGCAUCAAGGAUAUUCUUGGUAAUGACCUCUCUCCCACCUUACUAGCAAUCUUAUUCCGUCAUUUGGAAAAUUACAUGAAAAAACUAUUUGAUGCAAAUGGCAAGGCGAUUCGUAACCCACAAAACAAACUCUUUGUUGAGCAAUCUGUACUUGUUCUGAGACUCAUCUUGGACCGCUUGAUCAAUCCUAGCGACUGCUUGCUAAACAUCGACUUUAGUACUUUGAUGUUCCAAUUUAUAGACUAUCUGGAUGGUGUGCCCAAUACCCAUAUCACAUUGCGUAUCAAAAUCAAGACAUGCAUGCUUAUUGAAGUGCUGAUGGCAAAGAAAGAAAAUAUAAUUAUUCAAAAUGAAAUUGUACUGCGUAAUAGAUUACUAGAUAUUCUUAUUGAAUGGACAAGCGACAUUGCUCUAUUACGAAAACCACUUGAAGGCGGGCCACAGGUGGAGCGACUUCAAAAGGACUUGGAUCUUGCAUGCAUGAAGGCUAUCGUAAAUGUACUACACCAGCUCCCACUCCAGAGCACCGAAACUGUUCGACUGUCGGAUGCAUCUUUAGUCAAAAGCAAACUGUUCUUAAAGUACUUUAACUUUUUCAGAAAGAUUUUGGACAGAUAUAAACGUGCAGAGCGAGACAUAAUGACAAAUAAGAUGCCUAUAGAUCACAGAGAUGGAUCAUACAGAUCAUUAGCAUCUUCAAGCACAGGUGCAUCAACGACAGCAGAUUCACUUCAAGAUAUUAUUCAAAUGAAAGAAUUGACCAUUCUAGCCAUGUCACAUCUAUUGAGUGCAAACGUGGAGGCGGGACUCAAGUAUUCAUUAUCGAUGGGCUACGACGACGACCAAAAGACACGUUGUUCGUUCAUGCAAGUAUUGACAAACAUCCUUGACCAUGGCACUGAAUUCGAGACAUUGGCAGAAAGUGUGAUGACAGAUAGAUACGAAAAGCUGAUUGACACGCUGGUAGAGGCUGACAUUGAGGUAAUUCUUGCUCUGUGUGAUGUUUGCCCUACAUCAGAAAUAUCAAGCCUUGCAGAAGUACUACUGAUUUCUUUCGAAUCUCGUGGUAAAAUCACUCCAUUACUUAAAGCUAUAAUAGAUCGGGAAGUGAUGCAAACAGAACAAGAAGCAACUUUGUUUCGAGGAACUACAAUUGCUACACGUAUUCUGUCUAUUUACAACAAAAUUGUCUGCGGUGAUUACGUUCGUUUUACGCUUUUGCCAGCCAUAGAAAAAAUCUGCGCCUUACCCAACGAUCAACUCACCUGGGAGCUUGAUCAACAAAAGAUAAAAAAUUCGGAGGAUGUCAUGAAAAAUAAGAAAAACGUCAUCCAAGCUACAGACAUUUUAUUGAACGCGAUCUGUUCGUCGGUUGAUAAUGCACCAAUGGUAUUCCGUGAGCAACUUUCUUUAAUUAGUGAAUCAGUUGGAGCCCGCUUUCCAGAGGCUAAUUUCACAGCUGUUGGUGGAUUUGUAUUUUUACGCAUGUUUGGACCUGCUAUUCUUUCUCCAGAAAACUCUGUCAUUGCCAAAGGUGCCCUUCCAAAGAAUACCAACGUCCGAAAGAUUCUACUUCAGGCAACACGAAUUAUACAAAAUCUCGCCAACAAUGUCCUGUUUGGUGCAAAGGAAACACACAUGAUUAUUCUGAAUGAUUUUUUGACAGUCAACAUAUACAGAGUAACUUCUUUUUUGAGGAGCAUGGCUACAUUACCUGCGCAGUAUCCAGAGCAAUCCGCUGGCGCAUUGGUUAUGGAUCAAACAGGUUACAUUCGGCUUCAUACUUAUCUAGCGGAUAAUUUGGAUCGCAUCUCUAGAGAAUUAACCAGUAGAAAUAUUGGAAGAGGUGAUGCUGAAAAAUUACUUCGUUGCAAAAAGACACUUGAUCGUCUUUCUACCCUUUUAGCACAGCUAGGUCGACCAUCUGAAAUACAUGGCGCGGAUUUUUUGUCUACUAGAAACUAUACGAUAGCAAAUAAUAACCGUACUUUUAACGAAUUCAUGAAGCGAAAUGUACAUCGUGACCUUUCAGCUAUCAGAUCACAGCAUAUUUUUUAUCUUGGUGGAAAAUCAAAAGAAGGACGACCCGUGUUUUACUUUCUUGCAAGGACAAUAGAACCUGAGAGUAUGGAUCUUGAACUGCUUAUGUAUUAUAUACUCAGAGCGAUGGAACCUUAUUUGAAUUCACCAUUUGAAGUAUUAGUGGACGCAACAGGGUUUACCCUCGCUAAUGCUAUACCUAUUCAUUGGAUAACCCAGCUUUUUCACAUGAUAUUCAAUGAGAUGAAUGAUUACCUGGUGGCUGUACAUAUAUAUAAUCCAUCUACUCAUCUUCAACGUCAUCUUAGCAAGCUACCCCGUCCUAUUGUGAACAGGAUCAUCAAAAGACUUCACUUUUAUUCAAAUUUGAAUGAACUUUACGAAAACUUUUCACUUUCAGAAUUCAAGCUUUCGAAAAUGACUUUGGACCUCGAGAAGGAUGCUUGUGUCACAAUUUUCCCAGUAACAAGGUUGACCAACCUGAGAACAUCCAUACCUGUCAUUGUAAAGAUUGGUCUAGAGGAAAUACAAAUAAUUACAAUGAAGAAACAAGAAGUCUUUUAUAACGUUCAUGCCAUAUUACGAGAUAUUCAUCAUAUAUCAGAGAUAGAAGAUAUAACCGCUUUGCCUUCUUCUAAAUCGGAAAGUGGAGGAGAAAUUUCCAUAAAAUAUGAUAGAGGGAAGUCUACGAUGGUCUUAGCUUCGGCUCAACGAGACGUCAUACUUGCUCAUCUUCGUCAUAGCAAGCAACGAUAUGAAGCAUCUAAGCCUAAUAUGAUACAUGAGCGUGCAAUCAGACCAAAUGAUGUUCCUGGAAGAUUACUUAAUAUGGCCUUGUUGAACAUUGGAAAUAGCGACCCUGGCCUUCGAUUAGCUGCAUACAAUUUACUGUAUUCUCUAAGUCUUUCAUUUAAAUUCAAUGUUGGAAAUCAAUUGCUAAAUGCUAAAGAUCUUUGUAUUCCUUCAAACAGCAUAAACUUUAUUGUGGGAAUCAGUGAGCGCCUGGCUCAGAAUGAACUUCAUUUGACGUUGGAAUUCCUGGAUGAAGCACUGGUUGGCUUAUCAAAAUCAAAUGAUAGCAUGCAGCAAUUGUGUUUAGAUUAUAUGGCACCUUGGUUACUAAACUUGGGACAUUUUGCUAGAUAUGAUCCUGAAGAACAAAAAUCCAGUGCUACAAAGACAAAGGAAUUCAUUAUGUCAUUGAUCCGCUUGACCAUAAAUAGAGUAGAGCUCUAUAAACAUAUGCAAGCCAAAAUCUGGAAGACACUGACAGAAGUUGAAGAGAUUGUUAACCUCGUAAUUGAUUGCUUCGUACAGUGUUCUAUUGAAUACGGCAUAGGCUCUCCUCAGGCUGAGAUGAUUGCUGAUACGUUGGUGACAAUGUCAAGUGUAUCUAUCCGAGGCAAAAUUAUAAGUCGAAUGAGGCGAUUGAUCGAAAGUACAUCCUUUCAACCCUGCAGACAAUUGACUGAACAUCCAGCAUGGAAAGAAAUUGCAAUUCUGCUUCGAUUUAUCCUCAUGUUAUCAUUCAACAACACUGGGUCAAUCGUGCCCUAUAUACCAGAAAUAUAUCAUGUUAUCUCCAUCCUAGUUGUUACUGGCCCUACAUUUAUUAGAUCAUCUGUGCAUGAACUUGUUGUAAAUACUAUUCAUACCUUGUGUACCAUGAAUGCUUGCUUGCCUGAAGAAAAUGUUAAAAAGCUGCACUUUGUCCUGAACGAUGUCUGUGAUAGCAAGAAUCGUGUUCUCUUUGGACUUACAAAGCAAAUGGCUAAUGCAUUUACUAUCACCACAGAAACUACCUCUGACUAUGCUGAAUCGAUCAACCUCGUGUCUUUACAAAAUAUUGUAAAGUUAUUGAUGGAUACCUUAAAUUAUGGUGCACCUACUGUUGAUAUAGCCAACAUGUGGAGAGCGAGAUGGAUGGGCUUAGUAACCAGCACUGCCUUUUACUUUAAUCCUGCCAUUCAACCAAGAUCAUUCGUGGUAUUAGGCUGCCUUGCCCAAGAUGAUGUAGAUGAUGACCUCUUGUAUCAGAUCCUCGUAGCACUGAAGGGUGCAUUAGCCAUCUUUAUUGAAACAGAGCCAAAUCUGAUCAUAAGCAUCAUGAUGUGCUUAACCAAUAUCAUUGACAAUCUUCCUACUGAUUCUAGAUACAUUCUCCAUCUCUUCUGGCUUGCGGUUGCUCUUGUUCAAAUUGGUCAUCCCGCCAUCUUUCAGACAGCUGUGGAACUCCUUCAUUCUGUUCUUCGUGCACUCGAUUCUAGAAAGAUAUUUGCUCAUAAAACAAUCGAGCAGGUCCUAUUGGAUGCACGAAUCGACCUGGAGGACUGUGCCUUUGAACUUGACAAGGCGUGUGGUGUAAACUUUAACGAGUACUUUUCCUUUGCAAUUGCUGUUAUCUUGCUGAAGGGAUUGAAACAGUGUGAAUCAAAGGACGUUGUUUAUCAUUGUCUUUGUUCAUUUUUACAAAUCGAUUCAAAGCGGUCAGUUCAGCAAGGCUUCAUUGAGUCGCGUUCGAUUGGUUAUUUGGCUGGUUUGCUACCCUUUAUUGCAAAGGAUGAUAAGCUGAAGGAGCUACUGGCUGUAGCAGGCGUGUGCGAAAUGGAUGUAGAGAAUAUUGAUUUAGGAAUAUCAAAUCCAAGUCUAUUUGAUUUCCUUGAAAUUCCUGAUAAUAGCACUGCUCUCCUUUUGGUCUCUCUGCUAGUUACAUUAUUAAAUGCAUCCGAAAACGAAUCAGAGAAACUUUUCUUGUAUAAUUUACUGGCUGAUGCAGCAAACUGGGUACCAGAAGUAUUCGCUCUCAUCUAUGAAUCCUUACUUCCUAAAAUGAAUCAAAUGGUCAUCAACAGCCAAAAUCAAGACUUGAUUGAAGCUGUGAAAAACAUCCUAUUGACUGCAUGUUCAGAACCUGCCUUCCUUGCCGUGCCUCAGAAGCGUACACAGAAAUGGGGACUCGAUAAUCUGAGAUUCUCAUCUCUUAUUGAUCCUACUUUUGGUGCCGUAAAGACAAAUGUAACAGUCAAUGCUAAGCUAGCCAGUAAGCUAUUGGGUGCUAUUACCGAGCACCAAUAA